AUGUAUUCCGUUAAGGAAGGAAGUAAGGUAUUGAUUUUAUGGAAAGAUCAAACGGAUAAAGAAAAUUUUCAAAAUUUUAUUGAUAAUUUAAAAGUUGGUGAAAAUGGUUUGGUUAAAUUAGAAAAUGUUAAUAUGUUAAAUGGCGCUCAAUAUCCACAAUCAUCAUUCGACGUUAUUUUUUCCGGCGUUAUUUUUCCUCAAACGGUUUUUCACGAUUUUAAUUUUUUAAGUCAAUUGAUGAAAUUACUUAAGCCAAAGGGUAAAUUAUUUAUUCAUCAAUCUCUGCCAAAAUUAGACGAUUACGCCACAUUAAAAUCUAACCUCAUUCUAAAUGGAUUCACAAAUCCUAAUUUCGAAGUGGGAUCAUCCUGUGCUAUUAAUUUGAAAGGAACUAUGCCUUCUGCUGGUACAAAAGAUGCUGGUGAUGCUGGUAAUGUUGAUAAAGUUUCGACAGUUUGGAAAUUGAGUGACACACUAGAUGAGGAUUUAAUUGAUGAAGACAAUUUGUUGAGUGAGGAAGAUUUAAUAAAACCAGAUCCUGCAUCGUUAAGAGUUUGUGGUACAACUGGUAAAAGAAAAGCUUGUAAAAAUUGUUCUUGUGGUUUAGCAGAAGAAUUGGCUGGCGAAGAAGCUCCUGUAAAAACUUCUUCAUGUGGAAAUUGUUAUCUAGGAGAUGCCUUCAGAUGUUCGACUUGUCCAUAUUUGGGAAUGCCAGCAUUUAAACCAGGAGAAAAAAUACAAUUGCCGGAAAGUCAAAUCAAUGCUAAUUUAAGUUAA